AUGACUACCAUUAGGAGUAUAAUUGCAGUUGCAGUAAAGAAAGGGUGGAGUAUGUUCCAAUUGGAUAUUAACAACUCAUUUUUACAUGGAAAGUUAGAUGAGGAGAUGUACAUACGCAUUCCCAAGGGAUGGGGUUACACUGUUUCUAAGAAUGAUUAUUCAUUAUUUCUUAAGUGUUCUAGUACUUUAAUUAUUAUUGUUGUUGUACACCCUGAUGAUAUUUUGUUGAGCGGAAAUGAUGAAGGGGAGAUCUCCUCCCUGAAGCUAUUCUUAGACAAUCAAUUUCGAAUCAAGGGUUUAGGCCAUUGGUAUUAUUUUUUGGGACUCGAGAAUUUUAUUGAAGCUGCCGGUGUCAUUAUGUGUCAAAGGAAGUUUGCCAUGGAUGUCUUGACUGAUUUGAAUGUUUGGAGUGGACUCCUGUUACCUGAUUUGGCCUUAUCGAUUCAUCAUUUGAGCCAAUUUAUACAUGCUUCCACUGUUUCUCAUAUGGCUGCUACUUUUCAUGUUUUAAAGUAUGUUAAAGGUGCUUUGAGUCAAGGUUUGUUUAUGAGUGCAGAUUUUGAUUUUACUCUCCAAGCUUACUGUGAUUCUGAUUGGGAUGCUUGCGCUAAUUCCCGAAAAUCUGUUAGUGGGUACUUGGUUAUGCUUGGGUCUUCUUUGCUUGUUUGGAAGUCCAAGAAGCAUCAUACAUAG